UAUAAAUCUGCAGAGGAAAACUGCGAGGCGGCAGUGCGCUGCGUGAAGGGAAUUCACAGCAAUGGAGUUUGUCUCCGUGUUGGUCUGCGCGUUUUUGGUCAGUGCCGUCAGUGGCGGUCCUCAUGACGACAUCCACUGGACAUACACAGAGGGAGCCUUGGACCAGAAGCACUGGCCGAUGAAAUAUCCUGCAUGUGGUGGAAAGAAGCAGUCUCCCAUAGACAUCCAACGGGGCAAAGUCAGACACAACCCAGACAUCCUGCAGCUGGAGCUCAGUGGAUAUGACACUCAGACAGGGAAUUUCCUCAUGUCCAACAAUGGGCAUUCAGUUCAAAUUGAUCUUCUCCCUACUAUGAAGAUCACCAACGGUCUCCCAGGAACGUACACGGCUGUUCAGAUGCACCUGCACUGGGGCGGCUGGGAUCUGGAGGCCAGUGGAUCAGAGCACACCCUGGAUGGAAUCCGUUAUAUGGCAGAGCUCCAUGUUGUCCAUUACAACUCCGACAAGUACAAGAGCUUUUCCGAAGCCAAAGAUCAGCCAGAUGGGUUGGCAGUGCUCGCCUUUUUUUAUGACGAUGGACAUUUUGAGAACACGUACUACAGUGACUUCAUCAAUAACCUGGACAACAUCAAGUAUGCAGGUCAGACUAUGAACAUAUCCAGCAUUAAUGUGCGCUCCAUGCUCCCCGAGAACCUCAACAAUUUCUUCAGAUAUCAGGGUUCUCUCACCACACCACCCUGCUUUGAGAGUAUCCUCUGGACUGUGUUCGAUACCCCGAUUACUCUCUCCCGUAACCAGAUACGGAAACUGGAAAGUACGCUGAUGGAUAUUGACAACAAAACGCUGUGGAAUGACUACCGCGUGGUGCAGCCUCUGAAUGACCGCGUGGUGGAGUCGUCUUUUCUGCCACACUUAGGGAAAGGAACAUUUUGUCGGCAAGAAGAAAUUGAAUCCAAGUUGCUGAAGAUUGAGGGUCUAAUAGCAUCCAUUGGAAAGCACAUCUAUUCAGGUGGCUCUCAUAAUGUGAGGUUUUCCAGACAUGAACGACCUUUAUUUCCGCUGGUGCUCAGCUUUCCGGAGAAGAAUACUGGAAGUUAUGCUUUGGCCCGCCUCGUCAGUUCUAUGGACCUUGAUGCCUUCACUGUGUGCAUGCACGUCCUGCCACAGGACCGCGGGACCAACACUGUCAUCUCUUACUCCAGCAAUGGUAAUGACAAUGAGCUGGCGAUCUCCAUUAGUGAAGUGAAUGGCAAUAAAGAGGUGGGCCUCUGGAUUGGCAACGAGUUUAUCAACCUGCCACACAACCUUAGAGCGCUCGACUGGGCCAACUACUGCGUCACCUGGUCCUCUCACACAGGCGGGGCAGAGCUAUGGGUCAAUGGCAUGGUGGGGGAGCAGCGCUACCUGAAGUCUGGCUACAAAAUUAGCCCGGGAGGUGAGUUCAUCCUUGGCAGGGACCAAGAUGGCUUAUGGGAUACUUCCAGUGAAGGCAAAUUUGAGGGCAAGAUGACUGAUGUCAACGUGUGGAACUACGUGCUGACUAUGGCAGACAUCCGUGACCAGAUGUCAUGUGAUCAGAAUGGCACGGUCAUGGGGAACGUGUUCAGCUGGGGAUCUACAACUCUGAGCUUGUAUGGUGGGGUGCAGCUAGACAACCAGUACAGAUGCUCCUAAACACACAGCCUCAGACCUGUCUGCUUUUAUGAGCUUUAUGUAUUUCAUUAUAUGCAAAAGAUAAAUUAAAUGUAAGGUAGCAGAAUGUCUUUGGGAGUCAAUACUGAACAGAAACAACUCUGAUAACUUCAGCUGUGUGGUGUAUGAAUAACAUUUCAUCAUUAAAAGUCUACAAGUGA